AUGGACUCCCUGCUGCUAGGAAACGAUAAGACCCCACCUACAGCUACCUCACCGCCCAUGGUCACAUCCCCUUCCAAUACGGUUACCCCAACCCCGGCCGGUAGAACCACAAGAGGCAUUAACCUCUCCCCUGACGUACUCCCAGUACCACCCCCACCCCCUGAACCUGCCUCGCACACUAUCACGUCCCCCCAUAGUGACCUUGCACAGUCGAUACAUGCCCCAAAAAGCCUGCCUGACGACCACCAAAUGAGCGCCCCACCAUCCCCCUCCCCUACAUACACCCCAAACGAGGAGGAAAGAGCCAUUCUAGACCACUUGGCCUUCGCCGAAAAGAACCGCUCAACGGUCCGGCAUGAUGGCCCCCACCAGUGCACCACACUCCCUCAGUUCAUGCCAAUGCCAAUAGGCAGCUUCCCACACACCCACAUGUCGCACUCAGCCCAGAUCUUCGACCAUCUAGACAAUCAAGUACUGCUCGCUUGGUUCCAAGUCCCCCACCCCAAACUUGUAGUACAAGUCUUUGACCACACUGGUAAAGACGUAGUCGAAAAAGCGGUGAUUCUAGCUGAACGCAUCUGCACAAAAGUGGGCAUCGUCAUGAACUUCGUACACCAAGACGCUCAACCAGUACGCGUCUCCCCGCCACAACCCCAAGGCGGGAAAGAGAGCAAGGAACUACCCAUUGGAUUCCUAGUCCACAACAUAUCAGAAGAGAUGAAGGACCUCCUCCUCGAGAAGCGCAUAUGGUCAGCCACUUCAGCUGCUAUGAACCCCCCUGAACUACUCUUCUGCCUAACCGGCUUCACAACCUCCUCAACCCAACUUGUCCACAAAGCGGUCGCAGAUAUAUGGGCCUCUGACGAGACUAGAGCUGAGAUUAAUGAUAUUAUCUCCAUGAGCGAGAUCGAUGACGAAGAAAAAGUAUACCAAGCUACCUGGAAAUUCAUCCGGUCCAUUAGGAUAGAGCAUCUUGACUUCAAAGUAACGGGUGGGCUAUCCAUUCCCCGUUUCAACGUCUUCACGGUCAGCCCUAUACGUACCGCCAAAUCCUGGACAGACCUCCAGGCCCUCCUACGCAUCCUUGACUACCCAACCAGCCUCGACGGCUGCAGUACCAUCGUGGAAUGGCCCCAGAAUUGGGACGAAGUCCACAAUCCAAACAGCAAGAAACCAGAGAUCAAAAGGGAAACGCCCAACUUACCAUACACCCCCCCACUCCCAAAAAUUAAUACAUAA